CGUCAGUUGCUUGGGAGCUGUUGUACACAACGGUACGCAGCACGCGAUUAAAAUUAGUUCAUUAGUUUGGAAAUUAAGUAACACACAAUGAAAGGCUUAUCAGCGUUUCUAUUGCUUUUACUCUGCUUUCAACGAGCGAAGACAGAUGUGACACCAGCAUCAGCAGCAACAGCAACAACAGCAACGGCAGGGCGUCCCAAUAUAAUCAUUAUAUUGGCCGAUGACAUGGGGUUCGAUGAUGUCAGCUUUCGCGGUGGACGGGAGUUUCUAACUCCCAAUAUCGAUGCCUUGGCCUUCCAUGGACGGAUUCUGGACCGCUUGUAUGCGCCGGCCAUGUGCACUCCAUCUCGUGGAGCUCUCCUCAGCGGUCGCUAUCCAAUACACACAGGCACUCAACACUUUGUAAUUAGCAAUGAGGAACCCUGGGGACUUACUCUGAAUGCCACACUGAUGCCGGAGAUCUUUCAGCAGGCCGGUUACUCCACCAACUUGAUAGGCAAAUGGCAUUUGGGCUUCUCCCGUCCGGAGUACACGCCUACUCGACGCGGAUUCGACUAUCACUAUGGCUACUGGGGCGCCUACAUAGACUACUAUCAGAGGCGCUCGAAGAUGCCCGCUCGUAAUUACUCUCUCGGCUAUGACUUUCGUCGGAAUAUGGAGCUGGAGUGCAGGGAUCGUGGCGUAUAUGUCACAGACUUGCUGACCAACGAGGCGGAACGUGUGAUAAGGGAGCGGGAGGGGCAGGAGCAGCCUUUGUUCCUGGUACUCAGCCAUCUCGCCACACACACGGCGAAUGAAGACGAUCCCUUGCAGGCACCUGAGGAGGAGAUUCGAAAGUUUGCUUACAUUAAGGAUCCCAACAGAAGGAAAUAUGCAGCCAUGGUCUCCAAGCUGGACCAGAGUGUGGGGCGCAUUGUCAGCGCAUUGAACAGCACGGGUCAGCUGGAGAACAGCAUUGUGAUCUUCUACUCUGACAAUGGCGCUCCGUCAGUGGGCAUGUUUGCCAAUACAGGCUCCAACUGGCCGCUCCGAGGCCAAAAGAACACUCCUUGGGAGGGAGGAGUGCGCGUAGCCGGCGCCAUUUGGAGUGCGCAGCUGCAGGCACGCGGCAACAUCUUCACUCAGCCCAUUUAUGUGGCGGAUUGGCUACCCUCUCUAGCUCAUGCCGCUGGCAUCGAGCUGCCCCACACUCUCGAGCUGGAUGGCAUAGACUUGUGGCCGCAGUUGGCAGGACCUGUGGAUGCACCGCAUGUGCCGCGUGAAAUUCUGCACAUCUUGGACGAUGAGUGGCGGGUCACUUCAUUCCAAAUGGGACACUGGAAGUAUAUAAAUGGCACCACUUCGGCGGGACAGUAUGAUCAAGUGCUCACCUACCGCGAGCUAGAUGACCUGGAUCCUCGUGAGAGCCGCUAUGUGGUGACGGUACGCAAUUCACCCACUUCCCGAGCCCUAGCCCGCCACGAUAUUCGACGCAUGACGCAGCAGCGUGUGGUGACCUUGCGACGGUCGGCUGCCGUCCGCUGCGGUGAUCUUCAACGAGGCUGCAAUCCUUUGGUGGAGGAGUGUGUGUACGAUAUUUGGAACGAUCCGUGUGAGAAAAACAAUUUGGUGUAUUCCACGAGACAUUCUGAGGUUCUGGCGGCGUUGAGGCAGCGCGUCCAACUGCUGCGCGAAGGAGCCUCGGCACCGGGAAAUCGGCAGGGCAUAAGAAGAUCUGAUCCAACUUUGCACAAGUGCACAUGGGAUGCAUUUGAGGUGGAGAAACCUGCAUUGGCGCCCGUGGAAUGCAAUUACCACGGCAGUCCCUGCGAAUAACCGUUAACCAAUAUCGUGUUUACGAUACUAUCGACUAAACAAACAACCAGUC